UCGUGUGCUUCAGUUUUAUGUGCUUGCUAAAAGAAUUAAUAGAGUAAUGUUCAAUCAAUGAACAAUUAUAUUGAUCAUCAGAAAAAAAAGGACCAGCGAUAUGAAUUAAUUUUUUACGCUUACGAUUGUUUCGAGAAAAAAUUUUUAAAAUUUGGUUGUACUGGGAAAUCUAGGAUGAAAUUCGUGUGGAAAUAAUUUGUCGUAUUUCUUUAUGAUAUUAGGUAAAAUGAAAGAGUAAAAAGUAUUUUAUAACUUCUCAUUGUAAUGAUACGUAGGCUAUGAAAAUCUACAAUUGAAAUGGAAUAACAACGAAAAGUAUCUAAUAAGUGCGACAAAUUAUUUCCGCUGAGGCGGUGGAAGAACAAUAAAGAAAAGAGUGGGAAGGAGGAAGAUCGAAAGAAUAUUGAAACUUGUACUUGGUGCUUUGCCGAAUCCAACAUUCAUUAACACUGUCACAGCAAUAAGCUUCGAGUCAGUUUUCUCGGGUAAUUUAAUUAGUGAUAAUUUUCGAGAGAUGAAAUUUUUCUCAAAGUUUCGAGAUCCUCAAACAAAAUGGAUUCCGAUGCGAGCGAUCAUGUGCUUGAUGAUGUUCACGGCUUGCUGGACGUCGUACGUGUGUCGUACACAGAUGCCGAUCCUCCAGACUGCGAUGAUAAAUAUUCCAAAAUCAUCGAAGCGAUCGAUCGAUGACUUCCAACUGCGAAACAUGUCCGUGGGAAAUGACACAUUCGACGAUUUAGACAGGCUAAAACGAGAUGCGGACUCUGGCAGAUCCAUUCUGGACUUUGCCAGUGGCAAACCAUUCGACUACGGAGCGGAAAGGGGGAAAAUUAUCAGAGGUCAGCUGGUCGCCUCGUACGCGUACGGCAACGUAGUAGGCAAUUUUCUCGGUGGCAUGGCAGCGAUUCGCUUCGGACCCCGAGCGUCGAUAUUCUGGUCGUCGAUAAUUUCGGUCGUGGUGAGCUUGAUAUCGCCGAUCCUCAUAAACAUCCACUGGUCACUGCUGGUCGUCGGCCGCAUAAUCAUCGGCCUCACCGGGGGCAUGACCUUUCCGGCCUGCCACGCUCUGGUGGCCAGGUGGGCUCCGCCCGCCGAGAAGGGCUUCUUCAUGUGGUCCCUGCUCGGCGGCACCUUCGGCACCGUCUUCUCCUACCCGAUGAUCGGAGCCAUAGCCGAGAACCUCAGCUGGGAGUGGGGCUGGUACAUACCGUCCUUUCUGCUGCUGAUCUGGUGCCUCGUCUGGUGGAUGCUGGCCUACGACUCGCCGCUCGAGCAUCCCGGCAUCAGCGACGAUGAGAAGACCUACAUCGUGGCCUCGCAGGCGGGGACGGUCCAGACGACCAAGCCCUCGCUCAAGGAGACGCCCAUGAAGGACAUAUUCACCUCGGUGCCCUUCAUCGCCCUCGUCAUCUGUCACUUUGGCAAUUUGUUCUUGCUGUACUUUUACACGUUCUCUUUGAUACUCUACAUGACGGACAGCUUGGGAAUGUCGAUAACCAAGGGUGGUGUCGCCACGGCCGCGCCUUGGGCCUUACGCAUGGUAUUUGGAUUCUUUUUCUGCUGGUUCGGCGACUUGAACAAGAAAAAGCAGUUCCUCUCGACCACGGCUUUUCGCAAGCUUGCAACCAUAUUUUCUCACCUGAUUCCCGGUUUGUUCUUGAUCGCCGUUGGAUACGUGGGCAGUAGCAUGAACGAGAUUGGCCUCGUCGCCAUGCUCGCGCUCGCCUUGGGCUUCAACGGCGCGGCGAGUAUCUCGAAUCUCAGCAAUAAUCAGGAUUUAUCGCCGAAUUACGCCGGAUUUCUUUACGGCAUCAUGAAUACGAUCGGCGGAUUGAGUGGUAUUAUCGGACCACCCAUGGUCGAAGGUAUCGUCUCCAAAGAGAAUUUAGAAUCGGAAUGGCAAAUCGUCUUUUGGAUCGGCGCAGCUGUAUGCAUACUAACCAUGGUCAUUUUCGUCAUCUUUGGUAGCGGCGAAAUUCAAAGCUGGAACGACAAGAGACUCGCCGGUGGCGGUGAGGAUGCCAAAGUUCCCUCGGACUCAUCCGUUAAAGCUGACGAAGCAAAGGUCUCUACCGCCGUUUGACCGAGCCAUCGCCAUUGUGCUUUAUUCUUAAUGAUUUUUCAUCCAGACUCUCGAGCAAGUUCUAUUCUGUGCCAGACUGCACUUACCAAAGAGAUAAAUAUUUUAUAAUUCAAAUGCAUGCUGCUGUUCAUUUAAAUAAACGAGAGAGCACGCAGGAUUUUUGCACGAAAUGUCGAUUUUGAGCUCCAUGAAAAUUCAAAAUUUUUUAGAAAAAUUACGCCAUUUUGUUGUGCGUAAAAUAUGUCGUUGUUAGGAACUUUUUAAUAUUAUAUAAGCUAUAGUUAACCUCGGAUAGUUUAAAUCGAUCAAAGAUCUCGUAAGCCAGAGAAAGCCAGCUUCAAAAGUCAAAAUGUAUUAGUCCCAUGUUCUACUUUGGACCAUUAAAAAACAACCAUUACUAGAAAAGUUACAUUCUCGACGUUAUUCACCAUUCUCAUAGGAUCUAAUUAUAAAAACGAAUUUAUUACUCCCAGUAGCCAUUCAAAAUAAAUUUUUUCUCGAAAAAGGUUAUAUACAAUGACGUUCUGGAAUCUUUUUUUUUAUAAUACAAUUAUGAAAAAGCGAAAAUAUUGACAGGUGAAAAAGCUUAGAACGAGUCACACUCGUUAAAAGAAUACUACAUAAUUUACAGAAGUAAUUGAAACGUGUAAAUUCACUAAAAUCGAUAUCGAUAAUGUCAAAUAAAUGUUGAUAAAUUAUCAAGUACCUUUUUAAAAUUAUUACUGUACAAAUAGUUAGGAAAAUUGGUAUUUAGAUCAUUUCAACUGGAUGGCUAAAUAAAAU